GUGAUCGGCCAUUUUGCCCCAGUGCAAAAACAUUCGUUGCGGUAGACUAAACACUAUUUAUUGACGCUGUGAAUGACAUAGACCUGGAGAGACAGACCUACUACCUACCUACUAGGUCUUGCCUACAGUGCUUCGUUGUUAGUUGUUACCAUACAUGGAUAGGCUAUUCCUAGCAACUAGAUAUAGGACGGGAGCAAUUCGUCACUCACAUGACGACCACGUCCUCUCAGCUCUUAUAACAUGCAACAUGGCAUUUCCGCCACGACCCCCUUUAAUGCCAGGCGUGCCGAUGCCUACAAUGAUGGGCGCACCUUUCACUCUAGCAAGAGGACCACUUACAGCCAUUGAACAGCAUCCUUUGUCAACUCUUGCUAAUAUCGUAACGCCGGUUGGCAUCCCCAUAACCCAGGCAAUCUCAAAGAUCCCCACUCCGUUACCGAGCCGUCCUCCCCUGCCUCCUCACAAUGCAAAUAAUUCUUUAGGUAGUAAGACUCCACAGACAACAUCAACCAAUCAUGGAAUCAAGCCCCCGAGUUACUCGAAGCGAAUAGAAUCGUCAGGGCCUGCUGUCACAGUGUUUGUAGGCAACAUUACUGAAAGGGCACCUGAUGUUAUGGUGAGAUACAUUUUAAACACCUGUGGCACCGUUCUCAGCUGGAAACGAGUACAAGGAGCUUCUGGGAAGCUGCAAGCAUUUGGUUUUUGCGAAUUUGGCAAUCCUGAUGCAGCGUUAAGAGCCAUCCGUCUUCUCCAUGACUAUGAGAUUGCAGAUAAGAAGUUAGUCGUGAAGGCAGAUGCUAAAACCAAAGAAGUACUGGAUGACUAUAAAGAGAAACGGAAAAAAGCCAAACACGGCAGUGAUUCAUCACCUUUGCAAGACGAACUAGAAGAAGGUGAAGAUUACCUUGAUGAGGAUAUGAGAGUCGAAGAUGCCGCAGCUAUGGAGCGCAUUAGUGCCAUCCUCUCGGAGCACACUAAAGACAUAGUCAAUUAUGUACCUCCUCACAGCAGGCACGAGAGGGUGGAGAAGCGCAUGUCAAAAGUUCAGGAGAAGUUGGUGGCCUUGUCUAGUGGAGCCGAUAUUGCCAGCAUCCCUACUACAACAAAUCUUGAUGACAUGGAUGAUGUAGAGGAAGGGAAAAAAGAGCUCAUAACUCGAGAAAUUACCCAGUUCCGAGAGCAAAUGAAGAAACAGGAAGAAGAAAAGGAAAGGGAGAAGAAGCUGAGGGAGAAGGACAGAGAAAGAGACCGCGACAGAGACAAGGACCGCGAUAGGGACAAGGAACGGGAUCGGGACAGAGAGCGCGAACGUGAGAGGGAGCGCGAAAGGGAAAGAGACAAGGAACGGGAGCGGGAGAGAGAGAGGGAACGCGAGAGGGAGAGGGAGAGGGAGCGUGAACGAGAGAGGGAACGCAGGGAGAGAGAGGAGAAGUUGAGACGACGAUCCCGGUCAGGCUCCCGUGGGGCUCCCACUAGGAGGUCAAGAUCCCAGUCUGCGGAAGUGCGCCGGUCAAAAAAGGAGAAAAGGUCACCUUCACCUGUAAGGAGAAGUGAGAGAGACAUGCUGCGAGAGAAAGAGGAGGAGGACAAAGAACGUAAAGAGCAAGAAAGGAAAGUUAGGAAGAAGGAACUACAGUACCAGGAACGCUUGAAGAACUGGGAGACACGAGAGCAUAAAAAACAAAAGGAACUUGACAGAGAAAAAGAGAAGGAUCGCUUGAAGGAGCUGGAAAGAGAGGAAGAGGCACGACGGUUGAAGGAGUUCCUAGAGGAUUAUGACGACGAAAGAGAUGAUCCAAAAUAUUAUAAGGGACAUGCUUUCCAGAGAAGAUUAUUAGACCGGGAACAGGAAAAAGAAAUGGACACAAGAGACAGAGUCAAAGAAAAAGAGGAGCUGGAAGAGUUGAGAGCCAAAAUAUUAGCGGAAGGUCACGACAAUCCAGAUGCAGCCUUCCAGAAGGCAUGUGCAGAGAGAGAGGAACAGUAUCGCCCCAAGUUGUUAAUUAAGCCAGCUGAACGCAAGAUUCCUCCUGUGACCUCAGUUCCUGAUGAACCUCCACCAGCUCAGCCACAAACUCCAGAUCAGCCGCCGUUACCUGUUGCACCUCCUGAAUCAGAUUCAGAUUCUGAUGGCCACAUGUCUGAUGCUCCUCCUGAACCUAUGCCCGACAUGAAUGACGAUUCUCAGUCAAGAGAUACCUUCCCAUCAGCGGAUGUUACCCCAACUCCACCUAAGAGAAAGAAGCUAGACGUAAAAGAUGUAUUUAAUCAAGAUGACGAUGAUUUACCUCAAAAAAAGAAAAAAUUACCUCUUCCAGAACGAACGCUGUCAGCCAAAGAAGACCCUCUUCAGAAGCUCCUAAGAAAUACAGAAUCAGGGAAGGAUAAGAGUGGGAAGGAGAAAGGUGGUGAAGAGAAGCGCAAGCAUAUAAAGAACAUGAUUGAUAAAAUACCAACUAGCAAAGACGAAUUGUUUGCGUACCCAAUCGACUCGUCCCUAGUAGAUAACGUUUUAAUGGAGAAGAGAAUCCGACCGUGGAUUAAUAAGAAAAUUAUUGAAUACAUUGGAGAACCUGAACCAACUUUAGUAGAUUUUAUUUGCUCCAAAGUUCUAGUAGGAUCAGAACCACAGUCACUCCUAAAUGAUGUACAAAUGGUUUUAGAUGACGAAGCUGAGGUCUUUGUUGUCAAGAUGUGGCGGUUACUAAUAUAUGAAAUUGAAUCAAAAAAAUUAGGAACCAGUAAAGCGUAAUAUUUUUGUAAUAGAAAAUAAGGGAUAUAACUCUUCUGUUCAUAUGUUCAAAGAUAUUGUAAAUUAAUUUUUCUCUGAAUAAGGUACUGUUUAUACAAUUUUUGUUUCAUAGGUAAAAAUUACUCGUGUUAAAUUAUCUUUGUUAUUCCAAAUCACAUGCAAGUGCAUAAUUAUGAGAAGCAAUUCAGUCAAUCAGUGCAGUUUGGACCAAAAUAAGCAAAUGGGUAUUUGAUGUCUCUCAAAUGUGAUGUUCAAAAUUUUCUCUUCUUAUCAAAUUGUACUUUCAUUGCAAAAAACAUUAGGAGGCAGAUGCCCGAGAAAAAAACAAUUUAGAUAGGAAUAAUGGUCUUGGGAAAUGAAUUUUACGACAGUAAUGAUCUACCAAAGUACUUAACAGCUUGAUUUUCUUACAUUUUUGUCUUUUUCCCUAAGUUGGUAACAAUUGGACAGGGUUUAGUUGUCCAAGUGGUCUAUGUUUGUCACAGCAAAUUUUAUUCAGUUUUUACCAUCCUGAUAAUAUUUUAUUAAUUGAUUUUAUAGUGAAACAUUAUUUACUAGUAGGAAACAGGUUCCACAGAAUAAUCAAUCACCUUUGAUGUUGACAUUUUGGUGGUAAGUUUAUUAUACUUCAUAUUAAUUUCAAAUUUAUUUAACUAAGAGUGUCAUUGGUACUUUAUUGAUCAGUGAUUUAUGAUUUAAAAUUUGUUGAUCUUUGUAUGUAGUAACUGAAACUGUGCCCAUAACCUAUUUUGGGAUGUUGUGUUCGAUCUGUUACAAAUUGUCAGGCAUUUAUUCAUACUUAAUUUUGUUGUCCAGUGUAUUUUUAAAAAUAUCCUGAAAUUACUGUAUGAUCAUAUAAUAAUUUUUUAUGCAUAUGCAUGUGCUAAGGAUGGUUUUGUGAACAGGUUAUGUACAUGUAAACUAAAUUUUCCGUAUUCAGAUACCAGGCUACACUGCAUGGUUCCUUUGUUCUCUCUUGAAUGGUGCUUUAUAAGGUUAUCAUUACUGGUUGAAAUGAUUUCAAGGUAAUAUUGUUUGUAACCUGAAUUUUUUUAUUUACAGAGAUUUAAUUGAUAAAUUAUUGUGUUUUAGGAAUCUGGUAACUUGUUAAGUUGCACUAAAAUUUUGUUAUGGUUGUAUUUUCCACUCUUGAUUAUACAAGUAUCAGCCAGCUACCUAACGUUGCUCAGGAAUUAAUAGCAACAAAAUCUUUCAUUAAUUAUUAGAGAUGAAUAUCUUUCCACCUGGCAUAAUAUAUUGCUAUUUGAUAUUGAGUCACUUGUCAUUGGAUCAAAGGGGUUUGACUGAGUUUCUCAGUUAUUUUGUAUUAACAUCUAACUAGAUUUAUGUAACUGCCGUAUAUAAAUCCAAAUUAAUAUUGUUUUGGGAAGAAAAGGAAAAGGACUACCUUUUAUGUAUUAAGGAAACCUGUACUACACUGUUGUUACACAACACUUUUUCCAGAUACUUUUUUGUCGUCUAAGAGAGAGAACAGUUCAGUUUAUUUCAUGAAGAGUGCUGUUUCAUAGUACAUCACAUGAAGAGAAAUAUCACAGCCCACUGAGUAAGACUUAAUAGGUGAAGACCUGAAACCUGUUGGGUGUUGAGGCAGAAAUCACAAGGGUGGGGAAGAACUCGCUUUAUGUCGAACCCCCAUAAAGGGAGAAUCUAACGUAAAAACGUUUACAAUGAAUGAGUGAGAAUUCGCAGUUCUCAAAUUUUGAUCAUGUUUCUUUUUUUACAAAAAAAUCUUGUCUGUAUGAUCUUCAUUCCAUGUGUAAAUAAUCACUUGCACAGUUUCAUGUGUGAAACAGUACCUGUAUUUUUCUUGUUAUAUUUAUUCUUUUUUAUUUUUUUUCUUUUCUUUUUUUUACACUUUAGGAUAAGAACUUAACAAAGUGCUGAAAGGUGGUGAUGAGUGGUACUGAGAGUUUAAAUUCUUAAUGAUCUGUUCUUUUUUCAAAAGUGAAAUUCUGGUUGCUAUUCAGUUCCCUUCAAGUAAGGUGUGAAACAUUUUGUAUUUAUGGAAGUUGAAUAUAGAGUGAAAGGGUUUAUCACAUUUGUUCUGGACUUUAAUUAUCUACAGAGUACUUUUAGUUAAAAGACAGAUCAGUCAUGGUGCAAAACUCUCCUGAGAAUCCAAGGAUGUCAAGUUUUGUUGAAUGAAGUGUGUAUGAUUGUAAAUAAAGACCAGUUUGAA